AUGAUUGACAUUAAGUUAUUAGCUGAUAUUCAAGGUAAUUGGUCAGAGAUCGAAUAUGGAGAAGGUAUCAUAAUACAUAGUGGUAAUUUCGGAUUCUGGGAUGUUGAAACGAUAUUGAAUUGUGAUUUCAAUUAUCUUAAACAAUUGAUAUCAUUUCUGACUAUAAUUCCUUCCAACAUUGUCGACGAAAUUAAUGAAGUCAUUUUAAUCAACCAAAUUCCUUCACAAGAGGUAAUUCAAUCGAUGAAGAAUAAGAUUCUACCUUACUUUGAGUAUUUGGAUAAUUUCAAAGGAUUUGAAAAGCCGGUUUAUACAAUAUUCGGACCUAUGGAUGAUCCUCGAAUCAUCAGAAAGAUUCAAACUGGUCAAUUGGUAAUCCCUAAUUUAUUCUUGAUCGAUCACUUACAUAAUUAUAUUAUAACCCAACCUAAUGAACCAGAUAUCAAGAUCUAUGGAAUCAGUGGAAAGUUCAAAUUCAUAAAAUUGUUCAAUAAUGGGGAUAUCAAUGAGGAAAACGAUAUUAUGGGUUAUGAAGGUAGAUACGAUAACUUGAUUUCAGGUGAAUUUGGUGAGUUAUGGAUAAACUUACUUCAAAUAAGUGAAUUCUAUCAAUCGAAUUAUCACAAUAAAAGUACCAUCAAUUUUUUUGUGUGUUACAAUUCCAUUAUGAAGACACCAAUACUAGAAUACUUGGCCAUGAUAACAAAUGCUAAUUUCACUGUAAGUUCAAGUUUACAUUUCAAAUUCCCUAUUAUCGGUAAUGAAAUGAGUUUUCUUAAUUCCAUUGAAAACUUCAAGCUUAAGUUCUCUAAGUUCAGGAUUAAAUUUGGUGAAUUUUUCAAGAUAAUUCAAAAAGAUUUAAUAAGCUAUUGUAACAAUGAUGAAGAUUUGAUCAACAACUUGGAGAUUGGACUCGAAAUUUUUGAUAAAAUACCCAUAAUUAACUCCAAUAAAAUUAUCUCUUUGAGUUUGAAAGAUAAAAUCAGUACAAAUGAAUCAAUUUCGAAAAUCAAUGAGUUAUAUUUUGAAAACUUUUAUAAUUUGUGGCAUUUCAACCUUUGUGAUUUUAAAAUUAACAAUGAAUUCAACUUCCUUACCUUGAAUUUGGCUGAUGGGAAAGUCAACUUGAAGAACUGCAAUAGUUUUGGAUUUGACUUCAAUUUCAAAAUUGAUAACGACACUGACGAUGAUGACGAUUUUGAAAUGAAAGAGUUCAAGAACAGAAGCAGAAGAGGGAGGGGAAGAGGUAGAGGCAGAGGUAGAGCUGUUAGAGGUAGAGGUUUUAGAUAG